UUCCCCAUUUCCCGAAAACCCUACGUUUUCUCGCUUCUCUGCCCCUUGAAUUUUCCCGAGAAAACCAGGAACCUGCCAAAUAUCUCUCUGAAAGAUCUCCAUGGGUAACCCGAAGGUGUUCUUCGACAUGUCGAUCGGCGGCCAGCCGGCCGGCCGGAUCGUGAUGGAGCUCUACGCCGACGUGGUGCCGCGCACGGCGGAGAACUUCCGCGCGCUCUGCACCGGGGAGAAGGGCGCCGGCCGCUCCGGGAAGCCCCUCCACUACAAGGGCUCGAGCUUCCACCGCGUGAUCCCGGGGUUCAUGUGCCAGGGCGGCGACUUCACCGCCGGGAACGGGACCGGCGGCGAGUCGAUCUACGGCUCCAAGUUCGCCGACGAGAACUUCGUCAAGAAGCACACCGGCCCGGGUGUCCUGUCCAUGGCGAACGCCGGCCCGGGGACCAACGGCUCCCAGUUCUUCGUCUGCACCGCCAAGACCGAGUGGCUCGACGGCAAGCACGUCGUGUUCGGGCAGAUCGUGGACGGGAUGGACGUGGUGAAGGCCAUCGAGAAGGUGGGGUCCAGCUCCGGCAGGACCUCGAAGCCCGUCGUCGUCGCCGACUGCGGCCAGCUUUCCUAGAUCGGGCGGUCCCCGUCGGUCGCCGGGAUCUCCCCCCCCCCCUCCCCGUGUGCGUGUGGGAUCUUAUCUGAUCUCCAGUCCGUUUCCGAGCAUGGUGUUUUAGGGCUUUCCUUUUUUUUUCGGCUUUUAGCGUGUGGGGUGUUCGGCCAGAUCUGGUUAUGGGUCUCUCCGCGGAUCCUUGUUGUCUGUAGGAUCGUCGAGACCUUUUAUGUUGGUUAUGUUGAACUGCCAGUCGGCCAUUAACUGCUGGAAAAAUAAGAUAGGGAGCUUUUCUUGAAAUGCGACCCUCUUUUUACCCUGUA